AUGUCUGCAUACAGCACGACUCCUGCAGAUAACGAGUGGCAAACUGCGGACAUCAAAGCCUUGGAGAGCGCGUCUACGCCACCUGACAGCGACAUGGCGCUGCUUCAAGCCGAAGUGAACGGUCACAACUUCGAUUUGAAGCGCCCUCUGCUGCGAACCCACAAGAGCUUUCCGUUCGCUCUUGAUGCAAAGCACGCCGAUUCGCAAGCGCGAGAGCGCAUCAGCAUCAGCAACAUCGACGAGAUUGACUCGAGCGAGAUUCCAACAGUGACCUUUGGUGGCUCAGCACCCGCAAGUCCUGUUUCGAGGCUGACACCCCCAUCACCUCACGACGGUCUUUGUGGAGAUGACAUCAAGAUCGAGGGCGACGAAAUCAUCAUGGAAGAGAAGGACGAGGAUAUUGAGGAGCUCAAGGACACCGACAAACCUAUGACUGCCGCGGAGAUCCGGGCUCAGAAGCGCAAGAUGAAGAGAUUCAGGCUCACGCACAAUCAAACACGCUUCCUGAUGAGCGAGUUCGCACGACAAGCUCAUCCAGAUGCCGCCCACCGAGAGCGACUGGCCCGCGAGAUCCCGGGUCUGAGCCCCCGACAAGUGCAGGUCUGGUUCCAGAACAGGAGAGCGAAGCUGAAGCGACUUACAAGCGACGACCGUGAACGUAUGAUGCGAUCAAGGGCGCUACCCGAGGACUUCGACAUGGCUCAGGCUUUGCAUUCGCCCUUCGGCAAUACACAUGGACUCGGAACGCCACUGGCUUCUCCUGGCUCCUACACACCAUCCUUCCCAGAAGGAAACAUGAUGCGACCCCUGAGCAUUGAUACUUUGAGGCGAGUACCUAUGGACUCUCAUAUCUCACCUACCGGAAUUAGCCCUGCCUUUGGCGGAUUCACGUUCACACCACCGCAGUCAGCAACCGACACGUUAUCUCCCAUCUCCAACCAUGGAGACUCGCCAUUUGGCUUCCCUUCCAGUGGAUUGGACACAAGUCCCCGAACAUCCAACCCAUUCUCUUCCUCAAUCACUGCAUCGCCGGCUUACGCUGCGCACCACAGCAUCCCACGGCUUUCUUUGCACGCUGACCGUCUGGCGAGAAGUCGCGCUGAAUCAUUGUCGACACCUCUCAGGGCGAGCAUGAGCUACACAGGUGGUGACAGCCUGACGGGCUCAAACGAUGCUAGCAGCCAUCUGCCUUACGGCAUCGGGUACUCCUACUCGCCUGUACCGGGCUUCCAGGCCAGCUCCUCAAGGAUGCGCUCAUUCUCCAGCAGCGUCCCGCGGCGCAUCGAACUGAGCUCGCAUUACACGCCAAGUCGCAGUGUGACGACACCACAAACGGCGACCUUCCCAACGUACACGAGCUCCCCGCUUGUGACACCCCAGAGUUUUGCAAUGCCCCAACUAAGUGCGCCACACCAUAUGACCUCUUUCCCCAACUCGUACCUACGAAACGAUUCCGCGCAAUCAGAACAGUAUCCCGGCGCAGGAGCCAUCUUGGGAGAAGUCAUCGAGAGUUCUACCCACACCGACUCCGACCACGACAGUCAUUACUGA